AGAACUGAGACUGAGCUACUGCGGCGGAGGAGCUGCUGCUGGGCCCCUGCGGUGAGGACAAAGAUUGGGUCCUGCGUGGCAACCUUGGAUUCUAGAGUGUCCUUCCACAGAGUGACCGGGCGCGACCCCUGCGUCCAUCCCCACUGAGUGCCCCUCCGCGCGUGGCCCCGAUGCUGGACAUGAGUGAGGCCCGCGCCCAGCCUCCCUGCAGCCCGUCUGGCACCGCUAGCUCCAUGUCACACGUGGAGGAUUCGGACUCCGACGCGCCACCGUCGCCCGCGGGAUCAGAGGGCCUGGGCCGCGCGGGGGGCGGCGGCCGAGGGGAUACUGCUGAGGCAGCAGACGAACGCUUCCCAGCCUGCAUCCGUGAUGCCGUGUCGCAGGUGCUUAAGGGUUAUGACUGGAGUCUGGUGCCUAUGCCUGUGCGCGGCGGCGGUGGCGGCACGCUCAAGGCCAAGCCACACGUGAAGCGGCCCAUGAAUGCCUUCAUGGUGUGGGCACAGGCGGCGCGCCGCAAGCUGGCGGACCAGUACCCGCAUCUCCAUAACGCAGAGCUCAGCAAGACCCUAGGCAAGCUGUGGCGCUUGCUGAGUGAAAGCGAGAAGAGGCCGUUUGUGGAGGAGGCCGAGAGGCUCCGUGUGCAGCACAAGAAAGACCACCCAGAUUACAAAUACCAGCCAAGGCGAAGGAAGAGUGUGAAGACUGGCCGGAGCGACUCAGACUCUGGUACUGAACUGGGCCACCACCCUGGUGGUCCCAUGUACAAAGCUGAUGCAGUGCUCGGCGAGGCACACCAUCACAGUGACCACCACACAGGUGGGCUCCAGGACCCUUAGCAUGGGGGACGGGCAAUAGCAGGACUGAUCUGGAGUGUGGGCCAGACCCAUGGGCCACCCACCCCACCCACUACCCCCAAGACGGACCUGCACCAGGCGAGCAAUGGAAGCAAGCAAGAGCUAAGGCUGGAAGGGCGCCGCCUAGUGGACAGCGGGCGCCAGAACAUCGACUUCAGCAAUGUGGACAUCUCCGAGCUCAGCAGCGAGGUUAUCAGUAACAUGGAUACCUUCGAUGUCCAUGAAUUUGACCAGUACUUGCCCCUCAAUGGCCACUCAGCCCUGCCCACAGAGCCCAGCCAGGCCACUGCCUCUGGCUCCUAUGGAGGCGCUUCCUACUCGCACUCCGGGGCAACCGGCAUAGGGGCAUCCCCUGUGUGGGCCCACAAGGGAGCUCCCUCGGCUUCAGCUUCGCCCACAGAGGCAGGACCCCUUCGGCCACAGAUCAAGACGGAGCAGCUGAGUCCUAGCCACUACAACGACCAGUCACAUGGCUCACCUGGCCGUGCUGACUAUGGCUCUUACAGUGCCCAGGCCAGCGUCACCACAGCUGCCUCUGCCACGGCUGCCAGCUCCUUCGCCAGCGCACAGUGUGAUUACACUGACCUGCAGGCUUCCAACUACUACAGCCCCUACCCUGGCUACCCUCCCAGCCUCUACCAAUACCCUUACUUCCAUUCAUCCCGUCGGCCCUAUGCCUCGCCACUGCUCAAUGGGCUCUCUAUGCCACCCGCACACAGCCCCAGCAGCAACUGGGACCAGCCUGUGUACACCACCCUGACCCGACCCUGAGGCUGCUGCAUCCAGGAAGUCUAGCCAGAUCUUUGAGUUCUUCCGGAGUGUACUCGGUAGAGGUUGGAGGCAGCCAGCACGGCCUUACUCCGUCAAGUGCCUGCUGAAUGUGCAGGAAGCCAGGCUUUGUCAUCCUGUGUCCCUUUGCUUCUGGAUAUCCAAACUUCUGCCAGGGGACAGAGCUCUCUUUUCCCCCUCUUCUUUCUCUGAGGUGACUGGUGGUUUCCAAAACAGGCAUUCCGUUGCUCUCCGGUUUGGAUAAGUGUACACCAGCUCCCGAGUUUUGCAUCUCAGUAGAUAAGAAGAUAGUUAUGCCUAAGGACAAAGGAGAGAAUGGGCUUCAUGUCCUUAUCAGCCUACCCAAGACCUCCCUGGGACCAAUGGAUGCUGUUCCCACGGUGAAAGCAUGAAAGGACAUCUGUGGAUGCUCGAGGAUACAUCCAACCCGGGGACUCUCUUGGGACCAAUGUGAGAUUGAGGGGUUUCUCAUUACCACCGUUCUUCCCAGCAAGGCUUGGCUGAGAUGAACACUUUCUGUGUCUAUUUUUAUUUUUUGUUAUUUUUUAUUUUAAGGCUUAAACAUGUUUGUUUUUUUGAAAGGUGUUGAAGACGUAUUUAUGUUCUGUUGUUAUUUUAUCUUUAAUUAAUGAAGUAAUUUGUGCAGAGAGUAGAAUUUAAGACAAAAUUAAAGUGGGGAAGCUUGCUCUGUAAAGGGCAGGAGGGAGGUGGCUCAGAAUCCCUAAGCAUCUCUUUGCUUGGCCUUCGGAUGUCCCUGGAGGCCUCCACCAGGCACAGGAGGAAGUGAUCAACCUCUUAGGGUCUAGUUAGAACAAGAAGCCCGGCACCAUCAUUGGGCCAGGCAUUGAAAGGCAGGAGUAGCAUCUCUGCCUUCAUGGUGCCAAGCGGUAGAAGACGGAAUUUCCUGCAAGCUGGGCAGCUGCAGAACCACGAUAAUCUUGGCUCUUUGGCACCAGGCGCUACUUACCAAGCUGUGAAAGGAGAGCCUCCCCAACUAACCUGCUUAGGUUCCUAGUUAGAGAGUAACAUCAGCUUCCCUGCCUGCGUCGCUGUGUCGAGUGUAUAAACCGGCUACGUCACGGAAACUUGUGCCUUGAACACUUUGUAUAUUUGCUCACAUUUGAGAAGUUUCGCUUCUUUUUAAUUUUUCUACUUUUCCUACCUUUUUUUAGAGGGGAAAAAAAAAUCCAGCCUUUUUUUUCUUUCUUCAGCUUAUCUCCUUCCGGGGGCCGAGGUGGGAACCACAGCAAACUCAUUUUUAUGCAGUCUUUUUUUUUUUUUUUUUUUUUUUUUGGUGUUGAAUUCAGAAAGACAUUUGCUGUCCUUUACUCGCUGUGUUUCGUUCCUUUCUGACCAGGCAAUGCUAACUUUUGUACAGAUAAAUUUGAUAAAAUUUAAAAAAAAAAAUGUUUUCUCUACUUGGA